CAGAGAAGGUUAAUAAUUAAUAUGCCGACCAAAUAUUCGAGGGAAAGGCACUUGAAAGAGAAUACAUUUAUGAACAUUUCAGCAACGGUUUUCCGUAUCAAGUUGACCCCAGUUGUGAAUCUAACUUCAUUCAUUCGGUGUUGUUUUAUUAACUGCUUUCGUGUUAGAUGUCUUAUAAAUGAGUGCUGGGUCAUAUGAGCUUCAGUAGCUCGUUUGUCCUGCCCAGGGCGCCAUUGGAGCCGCUCCGUACGCUGAAGAUGCUGUGGUUGUACUUCACGGAAUGGCGCUGCUAGCACAGCACUUCGACACUCGUUGCUGAAUUCUCAACGGUCUAUGGGUGAAGUAACGUAUGAAAGCUCUUGAUCAUGACCACGAAGUCGUCUUUGUUAAAGGUGAUUCUGCUGGGGGAUGGUGGUGUGGGAAAGUCCUCCCUCAUGAACCGGUAUGUCUCCAACAAGUUUGAUUCCCAUCUGUUCCACACAAUCGGUGUGGAGUUCUUAAACAAAGAGCUGGAGGUGGAUGGUCACACGGUCACUCUACAGAUCUGGGACACAGCAGGCCAGGAGAGGUUCAGAAGUCUCCGAACACCCUUUUACCGUGGCUCCGACUGCUGUCUGCUUACGUUUAGCGUGGAUGACAAUCAAAGUUUCCUGAACCUCAACAACUGGAAGAAAGAGUUUGCAUACUACGCAGAUGUCAGGGACCCAGAGAAAUUUCCAUUUGUUGUUCUAGGGAACAAAGUAGAUGUAGCGGAGCGUCAGGUGUCAAUGGAAGAUGCUCAGAAGUGGUGUCAAGAGAAUGGUGGAUAUCCUUACUUUGAAACGAGUGCGAAAGAUGCCACUAAUGUCUCAGCUGCGUUUGAGGAAGCAGUUCGACGCGUGCUGUCAUCUGAAGAUCGUGCAGAACACCUGCUCCCCACAGACACUGUUGACCUGCGCAGGAAGCCACGGCCGAACGGCUCAUGCUGUUGAAACGCAAAAUGCAUACUCCAUGCCAUUGAAGAGUUAGAGCGUCUCAAACACUUAGCUCGCUCUGAACAAAGAACAUAAGCGAAGAGUCUCUCAGAAUGACAUGCCUUGUUUAAACGUUAAACUAAUCUCUUUGGAUCACAUUCACAUGCCAUUGUUUCGAAGCACUGGAUCAGAUUCCUGUAUUCUUUAGGUUGCCUAAGUUAUGAUUGUUGGUAAACCAAACGGGGAUCGUUGAGAUUGGGAUCACUUUCGCACUCACACUAGUUCUAACGCUGUUUUACAGUUGAGAAAUAAACACUCACGAACACUAGAACAUGUUGUGUUACUUUAAGUGCCUUUAGCACAGGUUUGUUUGCCUUAUUUAACAAUCGGCGUGAUAAGACGUUUCAGAACGUCUUUGAAUGUCUCGCGAUUUUGUAGCAUAUUUGUACAUAUAUUUUGUAUUAAUAACCACUUUCAGUUGAACUGGCUUUGGGUCCCUCGUUGGUACUUUUAAUUUAUCAGAGCUAACCAUUUAUUUUUGCUGAAAUCAUCCCAUUCGAAGACAUGGAAGAGCACGUGUUGUUUUACAUCAUUUCUGUUUCACAAACGAUUCUCCUAAUAACCCUGCAUGCUAAUCCAAAUUCGUGUGUGUAUUCAUGAAUAUUUAAUUGAAAUGAUGCUGAAUUAAAAGUAUUUAUUGAUUAUG